AUCGAUAUUCACCUGAUUUUCUAUCCUGUUCAAAAAAUGGGUAUGGCAAUCUCUAGGAUGUUGAAGAUGCUGUUUGCAAGGAAAGAAAUGAGAAUACUAAUGGUGGGUCUUGAUGCUGCUGGUAAAACCACUAUCCUCUACAAGCUCAAACUUGGAGAGGUUGUCACUACCAUACCCACAAUUGGGUUCAAUGUGGAAACUGUGGAAUACAAAAAUGUAAGCUUCACUGUCUGGGAUGUAGGAGGACAGGACAAGAUUCGGCCACUUUGGAGACACUAUUUCCAGAACACGCAGGGGCUUAUCUUUGUGGUGGAUAGCAAUGACAAAGACAGAGUUUCAGAAGCUAGAGACGAGCUCCAUCGAAUGCUAAGCGAGGAUGAACUCUCCAAUGCAACACUGCUUGUAUUUGCCAACAAGCAAGAUCUUCCAAAUGCCAUGAGUGUUUCCGAGAUCACUGAUAAGCUUGGCCUCCAUUCACUCCGCCAGCGCCGCUGGUACAUUCAGGCUGCUUGUGCCACUUCCGGGCAAGGACUUUAUGAGGGUCUUGAUUGGUUAUCCAGCAACAUCUCAAGCAAAACAUGAUACACCAACCACUUAUGAGACCAGAGUUUCUUAUAUAUUUCAGCAAAUGUUUGAUUAUGUGGUUGCAGUUGAUAAAUUAUACAUGUAUAUGUAUUGUAUGUGUACUUUUUGCAUACAGGCAUAAUUAUGUAGUUGAAUAUUCAUACUUCUGUAUGUAUCUUCUCUUUCAGUCUUUCUAGUCCUCUAAACAAAACAUUACAAUGUAUGUAUGUUUAUUAGUAGGGAUAUCAAUCCUGAUUCAUAGUUAAUAAUUUACUAAAAAUACAAAGCAUGAUUAGCAC